AUGGCUUGGUUCCUUUGGAAUAAUCGAAAUGCAUCCCACGUCCUUACUCUUUGGAAACCCCUUCCACCAAGUCGGUACAAGACAAAUGUUGAUGGGGCUGUUUUCAAGGAACGGGGUCAGUGUGGGAUUGGAGUGGUGGUUCGGAAUGAUAAAGGCCAAAUAAUGGGAGCUCUUAGCAAAACACUCCCAUACCCAUUAGGAGCUCUAGAUGCUGAAGCCAAAGCUACUGAGAUUGGCAUAAUUUUCUCCUGGGAGUUGGGCCUUAGGGAGAUUAUUCUUGAAGGGGAUUUCCAAAUUGUUAUGAAUGCCAUUGCCAGCCAUGAUCCGGGCCCUAUUCAAAUCCAGCAACUUGUUACUAGUAUAAAAUCUUGGGUGCCAAAGUUUAGAGCUUGGAAGACAUCCUUCACGCGCAGAGAAGGGAACAAGGCAGCUCACCUCAAGGCUAAACAUGCCAAACUGAUUUCUGAAUGUACUAUUUGGGUGGAAGAUACUCCCCCUAUAAUUAUGUCUCAAGUCCUUAAUGAUGUAACUGAUUUGGGUUUCAGCCCAGUUUAA